CUCAGAGUCAAUUUCGCUGCUGUACGACUAUGAUCACUCGCAGCUACAUAGUAUUGCACUGGGAUGUACCCCCAGCCUUCGAGAUCUGAGCCUUCCCAGCUGUCCACGUUCAAACCCACUCGUGAUAUUAACGUUUAUGAACUCUCCGCGGAUGAAGCCAGUACCACGGGCUUGCAAAACGAGACUUCGGUGCUUUCCAUCGACCGAGAGGACACACUCGCGCUUCUAGGGAUAUUUACUCUUACGGUUUUGAAAGGAUCUGUUUCUAUACUCGGUGUAACGUUGUCCGCCUCAAAGACAGCUCACCAUGUGUUCGCUCCUCGUUCUGCUCCGAUCCCCAUCUUGCAAUGCGCCUCAUCGAACGUACAUACCGACUUGGACAUAUAUUCUCUCCCUCCUCGCGUGAGACAGAAUCACGGCGGAGCUGUAGUGGCAAUUCGAUCGCUCGAUACGGGAGUGGAGGGUCUCGGACGGGUAUAUCGCGUCUUUGAUGGAGUUUUCGAACCUUCGCGUUGGCAGCGAAGCUCGGCAGAGGUUAUACGGCCCGGCGUGAACUUGAUGACGCACAGCGACAGGGACGUGCUACCGUUCGUAUUACCAGAAUCGUGGAGUAUUGCCCUGAGCGCGGCAGAGACGCCGCCAUCUUCAGCGGAUCCCAUACAACCCUCAGUGUACGUUGUCAAGGGUCCGAAAAAGUCCGGAAAAAGUACAUUUGCUCGGACGCUUUUGAACAGGCUUCUAACAAGAUUUCGGCGCGUCGCAUAUCUUGAAUGCGACGUAGGGCAGUCUGAAUUCACACCUGGGGGUUUGGUCGCCCUAAAUAUUAUAGAUACACCGGUAUUUGGCCCGCCUUUCACACAUCCUAGCCUUCCAUACCGAGCGCACUACGUUGGAGCGACUUCACCACGGUGCAGUCCGGCACACUAUCUUGCGGCCGUUCAAGCGCUCCUCGAAACGUACAAGUUCGAGAUCCAAACUUCGAUGCCUGAUGACGAGUCGAUCGACACGAGGGUCACCGACGUUAUUCCCCUGGUGGUCAAUACAAUGGGGUGGACAAAGGGUCUCGGUGCUAACCUAAAUGCCAAGAUCGAAGAAUUCGCCGAGGCUACUCACUUGUUUGAGGUCGUCGGUUCGGAGGAGAAGGGUUGGCCAGCCUAUGACAUUCUCCAGUCCACGCCGACCAAGGCGCUCCAGCAUACUCUCGAAGCAAUAUCACCAAAUUUAGCAAAUGCGCAUUUUAAUGCCGUCGACCAGCGCAACUUGAACAUCCUGUCUUAUUUCUAUGCUAUCUUUCCAUCUAUUACAUCGAUGUCGUUUCCAUAUCCAUCCGCUCCUCUUCGUCAAAUGACAGCAACCAAAUGGAGACCUCUCAUCCUCUCUGUGGACUGGAGUCGGGCAUUUGACCAAGUCAUCCUGAUUGGUGCAGGAUACGAGGACGUAAUACCCUCAGAGAUCUCCAACGUCUUAACCGGCGCGAUCGUUGGUCUUGUCGAAUGCGAACCUGGAACCGAAGAUCCAGUGUAUCUAGACCCCUCAUCGCACAUGCAUAUGCUCACCCCGGUUUCGCCCACUAUCCUUGCACGCUGUCGGGUGAUCGUCAAGGGUGAGCUAGAGCUGCCUAUCUGGGGAAUGCUGGAUUUCACGGACGCAAAUGAAGGGGUCGCAGGUGUAGAGAAGGGCCGCGUGCCAUAUUUGCAGUGGGGUAAGAGUGAAGGCUUGGGCGGCGAGCGUAGGAGGGUGAGGAGAAAUCUCAUGCGAAAAGCCCAGAUGUGAGGUAAACAAACAAAAGUAUAUUAUCAGGUACAGCGAGCAUUACAACAACUGUUUGGGCCUUAGGAUUUUGCCGCAUCGUGCCUGCGGCACCCACAACAAGUGUCUUAUAUGUGUAUAACAUGUUUACGUCGUCCACAAAGGUCUUAGAC